CUUUGGCUAGCUUUUGGCGUCGGGUCUCGUUCAGCGUCCCUUUUCAAGUUUGCUACUUUUUGCCGUAAUUGCUCCCAAAUUCUGCUAUCUAUGCCUCGAGCUCGGGUGAUUUUAUUUUGAGGCAAUUUCUUAUUUUGGACUAUGGUCGAAAACCACUAAAUAAGUUGGUGACUUAAAAUGGAUGCUCAACUCACAGAAGAUGGACCCUCCUCUGAGGUGGACCGAAGUCGAGAUGAAGAAUUUGAUCCUCCAGUUGAUAUGAUGGUUAAUGACUUCGAUGAUGAGAGGACCUUGGAUGAGGAGGAAGCCUUGGAACAGGCUGCUGACACUCAGAAUGAAGUGUCAGAGCUGCAACGAGAGAGUGAGAUGCCCAUCGAGGAAUUAAUGAAAAUGUAUGGAUACGGUGACAAUGGGAAAAGACCUGAUUCUGUUGAAGAAGAGGAGGAAGACUUUGAAGAGGAUGAGGAUGAUGAAUCUCCGGAGGAUUCUGAACUUAAUCAACUUUACAGUGAAAUACCAGCGGAGGUUGAAGCUCCUCAACGAAAUGAGGAAGGUGAAAAACCUGGAACUACAGCAAGAUUACUAAGAUAUCCUAGGCUACAAGACAAAGAUGGGGAUGAUCAUGAUUACCAGCCGGAGGAAGAUGAAUGGAGGAAGACCAUCAUGAUUGGCUCAGAUUAUCAAGCACUUAUUCCAGAAGGCCUGUGCCGCUAUGAUGAUGCCCUUCCUUAUGAAAAUGAGGAUAAGAUUUUAUGGGAGCCUAAUGCUUUAUCAGAAGAUGCAGUUGUGACCUUUCUGAAAAAGGUACCGGGAGUGGGUGGUGGUUCAAACAGCCAAAUAACCCGUGAUGAUGAACAGGCCCUCUUCCUCCUCCUCCAGUGUGGUUUUAAUGUUGAGGAAGCCUUAAGAAGACGCCAAAUGAAUGUUGUUGCUGCCACUGAUACUAUGAGCCUUUGGUCCGAUGAAGAGUGCCGCAACUUUGAAAAUGGUCUACGCACUUAUGGAAAAGACUUUCAUAUGAUCCAACAGAACAAAGUGCGCACUCGUUCGGUUGGAGAGUUAGUCCAAUUUUACUAUCUAUGGAAGAAGACUGAGCGUCAUGAUGUCUUUGCUAAUGAGGUGCGUAAUGAAAAAAAAAAACAUACAGGGCUCCCUUUAGCCCUUUGGUCAGUGCUUGAAAUGGAAUUGUAGCAUGACCUUGCGGCCUGUGGUGGCUGUGAGCAUUGCCGUAGAAUACACACGGUCUUCGAAGAUGUUCCAGAACCACAGCGCCGCUCCUUACUACGCUCUCUUCGCAAGGAGCGUAAUCAAGUGGGUCCUAGUACCUCUCUGGAGUGAACCAUAAUUGACUCAGGUCAUCAUUUCACUCAGGCUAACACCUGAAGACAGUCUCAUCAAUUCUUUCUUCCUUUCUAUAUUUCUCCAUCUUUUUCUGUUAAAUGUGUUCUCUGUGGAUAUGUUGGUGCAGGAAUCAUCAUCAUUUUCCCAUGGACAACCCAGGACAUGCGGACACUUAUGGAUGAAACAUUAAGGAUUUCCAUUUGUAUUGUUGUUAUCAUCUACUUCCCUGUGCCUCAACUGUCUUGCUCUGUGGAUAACAUGACAAUGGAUUGAUGCAGAUUGUAUGGGUAAAUUGACAUUGAAUUUUGCCUAAUUUGGCGUUUAUAGUGUAACUCUCUUCCUGUGACAGUUAACACUCAAUCUGAAGGUUAAUUAUUUUUUUUUCAUACCUGAUUCUCAUACCUAUAACUUUGUAUAGGUGAGCAGAGAAGCCCUGUGAUAGUAAUAAGAAUUUGUAUGUAAUACAGUCGUUAUCGUUUCAUUUUCCUCUUCAUGUAGUGCAUUUUAAUUCACUAGAUUUCCUAGCUAUGUUUUAGUCAAGAUUCUACCUUAGUUUGAAAGCUAGAGUGCCAUUUUUGCACUCAUUUAUUAUGCUUUCAGGUUAUCCUUGUGCUUGUAUUUUGCUAUGUUAAAAUUGAGCACUGUUCUCUUAUUUUUCAGUGUGUAACUAAUGAAUGCAAUAUAAACCUAGGUAUGUCUCACCUUCAUUUCUUAAUUUUAUUCCACUUUUGCUUAUCCUCAGAGCAUUCGUGGUUUCAAUUUGCUGAAGAAAGCUCUCAACAAUUGCUUGUCUUAUCAUUUUGAAAGAGAAUCUUAAGUUUACAUUAAUUUGUGCAGUAAACUCUGUAUGUUAAGAGUUGUUACAACCCUUUGAAGUUUUUAUGUUUUUUAAUAAAUUCCUGUUAUUUGAAGGUCAUUGUUAGAGUAAAUCACUGUGAUAUGGCGAUCUUAAAAGGAAGCAUAGUAAAUGCAGAGUAAUUAAUCUAUCUACCUGCAAUUCUUUUUUUGUCUACUACUAACUUUGCCCUUUUGAUUGGGGCUUACAUUUGACAUUUGACAUUAAAUUCAAGUGACAAUCAUGCAUAUGUCAAUAAUCCAAAUACAAUGAUAAAUUUGUAAUACCUUCUAGCUGAAUUGUGACUCUAGCUGUCAUCUUGUUGUCAAGUGUCCUUAAAAUAUGUCACAUCAUUUACAAGGUAUGAACCUGUUCAUGUAUCACAGUGCAUAUACAGGAGAAUUAUUUAUCAACUAUGUAUGUAGGUGUUACCAAUGUUAAUUGUUGUUUUCCUAAUUAAAUUAGUAGCAUGUGUUAAAAUUUGAAACCGGUUUCCUGGUUUCCCUGUAUUUUUGUGCAUCAGUAUUGUUAAAUGUUUCAAACAUCAUCCUGACGUGUAUACAGCUACUGUACAAGAAGAUCUUAUUUUGAAUAUGCAAUAUGUGCCUCAUUAUUCUGAAGUGACAUUUUUGCCACCAUUUUUGAACAAAAUGUCAAUGUUUACUGUAUAGAGAAAUUUUUUCUCAAUUCCCUAUCAUGCUUUAAUUUAUUAAUUUUUCAAAUGUGGUGCUCAAUGCUGAAGCCCACGGUCAAUCCCGUAUUUUCAGUUUAAAAGUUGGCUGUAUGCAGUUUUAAUAAGUUUUAGAUUUGCAGAGUCUGGUUUAGGGUCCCAUCAAGUUAUACUGAUGCAGUUGGUUGACAAUUUACUCACUCUCCCUUUCUUUUUAAAAUUGUCAUUACCGUACACUGUUAGCAGGUGUUUGUCCGGACUCAUUUCAGCACAAAAUUCUUACUCUUUGGAGUGUGCAUUUUGGUUUAAGUUUACUUUUGAAAGGAAGGGGCUCGUCCAGACUUUUCCUUGUAUCCACAAUGUUUUAUGUUUUAAUUUAAGUCAGACACUUGCAACUUAGACCCUUGGUAGGUCCUCUGCCUUCUUCUUUCCCCAAAUAAACAAACUUGUUUAAAGCUUGAAUGGUCAUAAAGUUAUCAUGUUGGGUCAUAAGCCAAUUCUUUGAGAAGCUUUUCUUUUUGCUGGUGUGUGUUGUACCUGAUUUGCUGUAAAGUUUGUACUGAUGUAUUCAGUUUAAUGAUAUGUUAGUGACCAUAGUUAUCUCCAUAAAUGA